AUGCAAUUGAGCAUUAAUCGUCGUUUAUUAAGAAACAAUUGUCUGUUUUUUUUCAUAACAUUAUUUUUACUUGAAUUAUUUUUUAUUUCAAUCAAAAAAGAUUCUAACCAAAUACCAAAUAAAUCACAAUUCGGUCAACAAAUAGACUCGACUAAUAGACGACGACAACAACAACAACAACCACAGCAGCAGCAACAACAAUAUUUUUUUAAUUAUCUUCAACCAAAACAUCAUUCAGUUCAAUGUAACGCAUUGUAUGAAGGUGAUCAAGAUGAAUUAAAACAUGCUCUUGCAUUAUUGUCCGAUUUAAAACAUCCUCAACCAAUUGAUAAUAAAUAUUAUAAUAUAACUAAAGAUCAAUGUGCAGUUUAUAAAUCAGAACGUUUUAAUUAUCCCUAUCAUACUAGGGAUGAAGAAAAUAAAAAUUAUCCUAUUGCUUUUACAAUAUUAAUGUAUGAACAUGUUGAAGCAUUUGAACGUCUUCUUCGUGUAAUAUAUCGUCCACAAAAUUAUUAUUGUGUUCAUGUUGAUAAUGAUGCAUCUACAGAUGUCUAUGAUGGAGUGAAAAAUAUUGUUCAAUGUUUUGAUAAUGUAAUAUUAGUUUCAAAACGAGAACAAGUUGUUUAUGCAACAUUUUCACGCUUACAAGCUGAUCUCAAUUGUAUGAAUGAUUUAUUUAAAUAUGCAAAUUGGAAAUAUUUAUUAAAUGUAGCUAAUACCGAAUUACCAUUAAAAACAAAUAGUGAACUCGUUAAAAUAUUAAAAAUUUAUCGUGGUUAUAAUGAUAUUGAAGGAAGAUGGAAGACAAGAAAUCUACAUAGAACAGAAUACAGAUGGGAAACAAUUCGUGCAAAAGAUUCAGAUAAACAAAUAACAAUUAAAAAAACAAAUGAAAAGAAAAAACCACCACCAUCUAGCAUCGAAAUAGUCAAAGGUUCGGCAUAUGGUGCAUUCUCACGACAAUUUGUAGAAUUUGUUCUAACAAGUCCCAUUGCAAAAGAAUUACUUGAUUGGUCACGUGAUACUUAUUCACCUGAUGAACAUUAUUGGGCAAGUUUGAAUUUCAAUACACAUCUACAUGCACCAGGUUCUUACAAAGCGAAAGAUGAUCCUACAAAAUGGACUGCCAGAUUUGUCAAUUGGGGAGAGAGAAAUUGUUAUGACCCACUUCUAGUUGAACGGCGAGGUAUAUGUGUGUUUGGUAUAGUUGAUCUGGCCAUAUUACCCAAUAGACGUGAAUUAUUUGCAAAUAAAUUUAGCCUUACUGGUGAUCCCAUAGCUUAUCAAUGUUUAGAAGAAUUAAUUAUGAAUAAAUCAUUAGUAGAUUUACCAUUAUCUGAUGCAAGCUAUUAUCGACAAAUGCCAUUUUUGCAGCCCUUGUGA